AUGUUUGCCCCACUACUCCUCCUCCAGAUUGUGGCACUGGCUUGGUUGGCUCGCGGAGAUCAACGGAUCAUAGGCGCAAACACUGUCAACAUAAAGGACGCCCCGUGGCAUGCCUCCAUCAUAGUCCAGUCGCAACUGAAGUGCGGUGGCGCCAUUAUCUCGAAGAACUACAUCCUGACUGCCGCCAAGUGUGUGGAUGGCUACAGUGCCGGGAACAUACAAGUCAGGCUGGGAAGCAGCAGCUGCGGAACCGGCGGCUCGAAGGUUGGAAUCUGCGAGGUGAAAGUGCACAGCCAGUACUCCAGUUGGCGCUUCGACAAUAACCUGGCUCUAUUGAAAACCUGCGAGCUAAUCAACGCCACCAACGAAAUGAAGCCCAUUGAGAGGGCCACCAAAGUGCCCGAAGAUAAUUCUCGAGCCAAUCUGACUGGCUGCGGCGCCAGAUCGGGCAAUUGGCUCAACCUUAUUAUGGACAAGAGGCUUAUCAGCGGAAUAGAGGACAAAUGGUGGCACUUGCCUGUCCAAUUGCAAGGCACUCAGGUGCGGAUACUUGGCCAAAAGCAGUGCGCCGCGGACUGGAGGGUCAUACCAUUUUACUUGCUCAAGGGAAUCUCAGACCUGACCAUCUGCACCAAGUCGCCGGGCAAGGGAGCCUGCUCCACAGACAGGGGGGCGCCGCUGGUCAUCGACAACAAGCUCGUGGGCAUCCUCGCCAGGGCGGGCUGUUCCAUCAAGCCCGAUGUCUACGCAAAUAUCCUGGGGCACACGCACUGGCUGGACUCCAACACGAAGGAUUAA